AAAAAAAAGGAGCAAAGCACACCAUCACCACCAUUGAACUUCCCCUCUCUCACACGCAAGUUGUACUCUCUCUCUCUCUCUAUCUUUCUCCCAUCUCCUUCUUUUUCUCUCCUCGCCGUAGAAGAAGAGAUAAGCUCCGAUCUGACAGUGACCUGGGAGUUUCCUUCAGCCUCCGGAAGAAACAGUCGUCGAUAUUGUCUCAGAGAUAAAGGAUGUUUUGCGACUGCUGCUUCUAUUGGAACCAAGGAGUCUCCGAGUUGGAAUCUGAAUCCUACGAGUCAAAGCCUUUCUCCCUUCCUUUGCCUCUUCCUCCAUGGCCUCAAGGAGGCAGUGGUUUUGCUACCGGAAGGAUAAAUCUUGGAGAGAUCGAAGUGGUGAAAGUAACCAAGUUUGAUAGAGUCUGGCAAUGUGGCACGUCCCGUGGUAAAACGAGAUGCGCCUCUUUUUACAAACCUGUGGGGAUACCUGAUGGUUUCCAUUGCCUUGGUGAUUACUGCCAGCCAAACAAUCAGCCAUUAAGAGGCUUUGUUCUUGCAGCUCGGGCUAACAAUAAUGCGGAUGAUCAUCGUCCUCCCUUGAAAAAACCACUGAACUAUUCUUUAGUUUGGAGUUCAGAUUCAGAUUGCUACUUCUGGUUGCCUAAUCCUCCGGCUGGCUACAGAGCCGUGGGAGUUAUUGUCACUGACGGAUCAGAGGAGCCUGAGGUUGAUGAAGUGAGAUGUGUAAGAGAGGAUCUUACCGAGAGUUGUGAAACCGGUGAGAAGGUUCUUGGCGUGGGAUCUUUUAAUGUUUGGAGCACUAAACCUUGCGAGAGAGGGAUUUGGUCUCGAGGAGUGGCGGUUGGGUCAUUCUUUUGCUCCACUAGUGAUCGGUCUUCUGAUAAUAAAUCCUCCAUGAACAUUGCCUGUUUGAAAAAUCUUGAUCCGAGCUUACAUGGGAUGCCGAAUCUUGACCAGGUCCAUGCACUUAUUCAGCAUUAUGGACCGAUGGUUUACUUCCAUCCCGAGGAGACUUACUUGCCUUCUUCCGUGCCAUGGUUCUUUAAAAACGGAGCUUUGUUGUACCGGUUUGGGGCAUCACAAGGCGAACCGAUUAACUCUGAUGGCUCGAAUUUGCCUGCGGGUGGAGAAAACGACGGGGGCUUCUGGAUUGAUCUCCCUGAAGACGACGAAGUUAGAAGUAAUAUAAAGAAGGGAAAUAUAGAGAGCUCAGAGCUUUACGUCCAUGUGAAACCCGCGCUUGGCGGGAUUUUCACUGACAUUGUGAUGUGGAUCUUCUGUCCAUUUAAUGGCCCGGCCACACUCAAAAUCGGGCUUCUCACCGUCCCCAUGAACCGCGUUGGAGAGCAUGUUGGUGAUUGGGAACAUUUCACAUUCCGGAUAAGUAACUUCAAUGGCGAACUUUCACAAAUGUACUUCUCACAGCAUAGCGGUGGAGGAUGGGUUGAUGUAUCGGAUCUUGAGUUUGUCAAAGGAAGCAACAAACCAGUUGUGUACUCGUCUAAACACGGGCACGCGAGUUUCCCGCACCCGGGACUGUAUCUCCAAGGCUCGUCGAAGCUCGGGAUUGGAGUGAGAAACGAUGUUGCUAAAAGCAAGUAUGCGGUGGAUUCUAGUCAAAGGUAUAUGAUAGUGGCAGCGGAGUAUCUAGGCGAAGGAGCGGUUUCAGAGCCGUGCUGGCUGCAGUUCAUGAGAGAAUGGGGACCAACUAUAGUGUACGAUUCUGCAGCUGAGAUCAACAAGAUCAUUGAUCUUCUUCCUCUGAUUUUGAGGUAUUCUUUUGAGAGUCUGUUUCCUAUUGAGCUUUACGGCGAGGAAGGUCCUACGGGACCAAAGGAGAAGGAUAAUUGGGUGGGAGAUGAAAUGUGUUGAAAGCUUUGGUUUUGUAAGCUGGAAUGAAGAAGUCUUCUUUUUCCUUGCAUGGCUUUGGGGAAAAAACAGAGCUCCUCUGUUUCAGUAAAACUUUUGCCAAGUGUUUUUGUGUAAUAGUGUGUAGUUAUAUGAUGUUACAUUGUUACUUGUAAAGUUGAAUGGCUGAAAAAAAUCAGCACACCAAAAAAUUAUAAUGUCUAUAUUUGUUGGUUUCAUUGCACAA